AUGUUGCCAACGCUGCUGCAUUCACCUAUCCAAUCGUUAGAAAUCUCUCAAAAAUUUGCUAAUGAUAACAAUAUAUUUGAUGGUGAUGAAAUUUUAAAAAAGAGAAAUGAAGAAUUAAAAGAAUUUAUUGAUGAACAUAAUCUUUUAUGGUCAAUUAAAUUACGUAGUGAUUCUCUUUAUGUAGAACUUCCUCAACAAUUGAAUGAUGGAUCAAAAGAAAUGUUCGUUAGUCUUCUCGAAUUUGCUGAUGAUGUAUUACGUUGUAAACAUGUUAUUGUCUGUUUUAAUAAAACACGUUCUGAUCGUGCAGCUUUAGUUAAAACAUUUAUGUUUCUUGGAUUUCAUGUUCUUUCACUUGACAAUACAUUAAUGGCAUCAAAUGACAAACAAGAAGACCAAUUAUAUAUGGUUUAUAUCAUUGAUAGUGAUGGAUAA